AUGAGCUGCUGUGGCUGUUCAGGAGGCUGUGGCUCCAGCUGUGGGGGCUGUGGCUCAGGCUGUGGGGGCUGUGGCUCCAGCUGUUGCAAACCUGUGUGUUGCUGCAAGCCUGUGUGCUGCUGUGUGCCUGUCUGUUCCUGCUCCAGCUGUGGAGGCUGCAAGGGAGGCUGUGGCUCCUGUGGAGGCUGCAAGGGAGGCUGUGGCUCCUGUGGAGGCUGCAAAGGAGGCUGUGGCUCCUGUGGAGGCUGCAAAGGAGGCUGUGGCUCCUGUGGAGGCUGUGGCUCCUGUGGAGGCUGCAAGGGAGGCUGUGGCUCCUGUGGAGGCUGUGGCUCCUGUGGAGGUUGCAAGGGAGGCUGUGGUUCCUGUGGGGGCUGUGGCUCCUGUGGAGGCUGCAAGGGAGGCUGUGGCUCCUGUGGAGGCUGUAGCUCCUGUGGAGGCUGUGGCUCCUGUGGAGGCUGCAAGGGAGGCUGUGGUUCCUGUGGAGGCUGUGGCUCCUGUGGAGGCUGCAAGGGAGGCUGUGGCUCCUGUGGAGGCUGUGGCUCCUGUGGAGGCUGUGGCUCCUGUGGGGGUUGUGGCUCUUGUGGAAGCUGCAAGGGAGGCUGUGGCUCCUGUGGAAGCUGCAAGGGAGGCUGUGGCUCAUGUGGGUCUUGUGGCUCCUGUGGGGGCUGCAAGGGAGGCUGUGGUUCCUGUGGGGGCUGUGGCUCCUGUGGGGGCUGCCAAGGAGGCUGUGGCUCCAGCUGUGGGGGCUGUGGCUCCAGCUGUGGGGGCUGUGGCUCCAGCUGUGGAGGCUGUGGCUCCAGCUGCUGCUGCAAGCCUGUCUGUGGGGGCUGCAAGGGAGGCUGUGGCUCCUGUGGGGGCUGCAAGGGAGGCUGUGGCUCCUGUGGGGGGUGCAAGGGAGGCUGUGGCUCCUGUGGGGGCUGCAAGGGAGGCUGUGGCUCCUGUGGGAGCUGUGGCUCCUGUGGGGGCUGUAAAUCCAGCUGCUGUCAAUCCAGCUGCUGCAAGCCCUGCUGCUGCCAGUCUAGCUGUUGUAAGCCUUGCUGCUGCGGGUCUUCCUGCUGCCAGUCCAGCUGCUGCAAGCCCUGCUGCUGUCAGUCCAGCUGCUGCAAGCCUUGUUGCUUCUCCAAGACUCUGACCUCCUUGCACCUGGCCUCACCUGGAGGUUACAUCAUGUCCACAGAGAUGGUGCUCCCAUCCGACCUCUCAGACUUUCUGAGUCAGACUCUGCUGUGUCUGACACAGCAGACAUCCUUGACGGUUGGAAGGCUUGAUGCAGAUGGCUGUGUAGGAGCCCUGCCUUCACACAACAGAGGCCUCAGUGGGCACAUCUGA